CUUCUUCUUCUUCUUCUUCUUCUUCUUCUUCUUCUUCUUCUUCUUCUUCUUCUUCCUCUUCUUCUUCCUGUGAACGACAGUAACAUGGCCGAGGCUCAGGACGUCGGUGUCGAGCAGAACGACACAGUGGACGCACGGAAAUGGUUUGGAAAAAGUAGCAGUGCCGCGUCCACAGACAGGGGGCAGUCAGCUGAAGAGGUGGACAGUGGACAGACCGUCUCUGACUCGUACGUCUACAGGAUGGACUACCCCAGGAUGGGGGUCUGUGUGAUCAUCAACAACAAGAACUUCAACAAAAACACAGGAAUGGAUGUUCGGGACGGGACAGACGUGGAUGCAGCUCUUGCCAUGAAGACCUUCAGUUCCCUGGGGUACGAUGUCAGGGUGGCCAACGACCAGACUGUGGAGCAGAUGAAGCAGAUGUUUCUGGAUGUCUCCCAGGAGGACCACAGUAAAAGUGCUUCCUUCGUGUGUGUGAUCCUGAGUCACGGAGACGAGGGCAUCAUCUACGGCAAAGACGGCUGCGAGAAGUUUGAAACGCUGACGGCUAACUUCAAAGGGAACAGGUGUUCAGGUCUGCUGGGGAAACCAAAGCUUUUCUUCAUCCAGGCGUGCCGUGGUUCGGUUCUGGAUGAAGGAUCGUUGGUGGAGGUGGACAGUGUGGCUGAGCAGAGGACAGAGAAGAUUCCUGUGGAGGCAGAUUUCCUUUAUGCUUAUUCCACUGCUCCAGGCUAUUACUCAUGGAGAAACACCAACAACGGCUCCUGGUUCAUGCAGUCUCUGUGUCAGAUGAUACAACUCCACAGUAAAAAGCUGGAGCUGAUGCAGAUUAUGACCCGAGUCAACCACACAGUGGCGCUAAACUUUGAGUCUGCCUCCAGCCGACAUGGAUAUAGUGGCAAGAAGCAGAUCCCCUGCAUCGUCUCCAUGUUGACCAAAGACUUUUACUUUCCCUCCUAGACCAGAACCUCCUGAUACUGGUUCUGGUUCCUGUGACAACAAUCAGAAACAUUCUGGGGGGGGUUGAACGUCACUGCUUCAAUCAUAUCUGUUUGAUAAAUUCUUUGUGUGUGGGAGGGGGGUGGGGUCACAGUGAUCUCUGAUUUGACGACACACCUGUUUUUUACGGUCCAGUGAAACUGAAGUUUUCAUUUAACGUCACGACUUGCGUUCAUUUCAAGUUUCUGGUUUCGUUUCCUGCUUCAGCUGCUCAGAAAGGGUGGGGCGGGGGUAGGAGGGACGUCGGAGGAAGUGAAAAUGAAAUUCAGCUCCAAGAUCGUCUCGGCUCCAACAGAACACCGCCAGAACUGGAACAGGCAGAACAGCGUGGAUCUGUCCUGCCGUGGGCUCAGUGUCCGGGCUCUGUGGACUGUUGAAUAAAUAUCCCCUCCUCCCCCC